AUAUUGGAAUGAGUCGGAGCGCGGAGCGCCGCCGCCGCCUCCGCCGGAGCGCGGGUGGAGGGGGGCGGGGAGAGCUGCCGGCCGCCCGGCUCCGCCGAGCCCAGCAGGAAGGAGGGCGCGAGCGGGCAAGCGCGGGCGGCGCGAGCGGAAAAAGCGCCCGCGCCGGCGAGCGAAAAGAAGGAAAGAAAGAAAGAAACGAGCGCGAGAGGGGGAAAAGCGAACGAUAGAGCGAGCGCGCGCGCGAAAACUCCCGGCAGCACUUUCAUUUGGACCCUUGGAUGCUCAUUGGACAGACGCUUGAAACCUGCAAGUCAUCUUCCAAUCAUAGCAGAAUCAUUAGGCCUUUCCUUUGGGGAGGAGAUAAACCCAUGUGUUGUGGAGAUGAACGGGGAACAGCAGCUUGAUGCAGAUGCUGGAUCUGGUAUGGAAGAAGUAGAAUUAAGCUGGGAAGACUAUCUAGAAGAGACAGGGUCCACAGCAGUUCCUUAUGGGUCUUUUAAACAUGUGGAUACGCGUUUGCAAAAUGGAUUUGCUCCUGGGAUGAAACUGGAGGUGGCUGUGAGAACAAAUCCUGAGACCUACUGGGUUGCCACCAUCAUUACUGCUUGUGAGCAGUUGCUUCUUCUCCGCUAUGAUGGCUACGGAGAGGACCGGAGAGCAGAUUUCUGGUGUGACAUCAGGAAGGCUGAUCUUUACCCCAUUGGGUGGUGUGAGCAAAAUAAGAAGACUCUUGAAGCCCCAGAAGGCAUCAGAGAUAAAGUGUCCGAUUGGGAUACAUUUCUGCAGCAGACCUUGAUAGGAGCUUGUAGUCCUCCUGUUCCGCUGCUAGAGGGCCUCCGUAAUGGACGGAAUCCCUUAGAUCUCGUUGCUCCAGGAUCCAGGCUAGAAUGCCAAGCUUUUCGGGACACUUUAAGCACUUGGAUUGUUACUGUAGUAGAAAACAUUGGGGGACGGCUGAAGCUGUGUUAUGAAGGACUUGAAAGUCCCAACAAUUUUGAACAUUGGUUGUAUUACUUGGAUCCAUUUCUUCAUCAUGUUGGUUGGGCUGCUCAACAAGGAUAUGAGCUUCAGCCCCCAUUAGCCAUCAAACAUCUGAAAAAUGAAACUGAGUGGCAAGAGAUUUUGGCUAAAGUGAAAGAGGAAGAGGAAGAGCCAUUACCAUCUUACUUAUUUAAGGAUAAACAAGUUAUUGGCAUUCAUACAUUCUCUGUAAAUAUGAAAUUGGAAGCUGUGGACCCCUGGUCUCCUUUUGGGAUCUCUCCUGCUACAGUCAUUAAGGUUUUUGAUGAGAAGUACUUUCUGGUGGAAAUGGAUGACUUGCGACCUGGGGACCAUGCACGGCGAUCAUUUGUGUGCCAUGUCAACAGUCCUGGCAUCUUCCCUGUGCAGUGGAGUCUGAAGAAUGGUCUACACAUCAGCCCACCUCCAGGCUACCCAAGCCAGGACUUCGACUGGGCCGACUACCUCAAACAGUGUGGUGCUGAAGCUGCUCCCCAGAGGUGCUUUCCUCCGUCAAUUUCUGAGCAUGAGUUUAAGGAGAACAUGAAGCUUGAGGCAGUGAACCCUCUUCUUCCUGAAGAAGUAUGCAUUGCCACCAUUACUGCUGUGAGAGGCUCCUACCUGUGGCUCCAGCUGGAGGGUUCUAAGAAGCCUAUACCUGAAUGUAUUGUGAGUGUGGAAUCCAUGGAUAUAUUUCCUUUGGGCUGGUGUGAGACCAAUGGCCACCCCCUCAGCACUCCUCGCCGGGCACGAGUACAUAAACAGAGGAAAAUUGCAGUGGUUCAACCAGAAAAACAAGUACCAUCCUCUAGGACUAUCCACGAGGGUCUGAAGAGUCAGGAGUCAAACUCCACAGACUCAGUUAUGAUUAAUGGAAAAUAUUGCUGUCCAAAGAUAUACUUCAACCACCGUUGCUUCUCAGGGCCAUAUCUUAACAAAGGAAGAAUUGCUGAGCUGCCUCAAUGUGUAGGACCUGGAAACUGUGUUCUGGUCCUCAGAGAGGUCCUCACUUUACUUAUAAAUGCAGCCUAUAAACCCAGUCGUGUCCUUCGGGAGCUCCAAUUGGACAAAGACUCUGUGUGGCAUGGAUGUGGAGAAGUCCUAAAAGCCAAAUAUAAGGGAAAAAGUUAUCGGGCUACUGUUGAAAUAGUAAAAACAGCAGAUCGGGUAACUGAAUUCUGCCGGCAAACCUGUAUUAAACUGGAAUGCUGUCCUAACCUCUUUGGUCCACGGAUGGUUCUGGAUACAUGUUCUGAGAACUGCUCUGUACUUACAAAGACCAAAUACACACACUAUUAUGGAAAGAAGAAAAAUAAAAGAAUUGGAAGGCCCCCUGGUGGGCAUAGUAACUUAGCUUGUGCCCUGAAAAAAGCCAGUAAGAGGAGAAAGAGAAGGAAAAAUGUUUUUGUUCAUAAGAAGAAACGUUCCUCUGCAUCUGUUGAUAAUACCCCAGUGGGCUCACCCCAGGGAAGUGGGGGUGAAGAUGAGGAUGAUGCAGAUGAAGGGGAUGAUGAAUCCCUAAGUGAGGAUAGUACAUCUGAGCAGCAGGAUGAGCUGCAGGAAGAGUCAGAAAUGUCCGAAAAAAAAUCAUGCUCCUCUUCUCCCACCCAAAGUGAGAUAUCCACUUCACUGCCCCCAGACAGACAAAGGAGAAAAAGAGAACUUCGCACUUUUUCAUUUUCUGAUGAUGAAAAUAAACCUCCUUCGCCAAAGGAAAUAAGGAUUGAAGUUGCUGAAAGGCUUCAUUUGGAUAGUAACCCCCUGAAGUGGAGCGUGGCAGAUGUCGUUCGGUUCAUCAGAUCCACGGACUGUGCUCCAUUAGCAAGAAUAUUCCUAGACCAGGAAAUUGAUGGGCAGGCCCUGUUGCUCCUUACCCUUCCCACUGUUCAAGAGUGCAUGGACUUAAAAUUGGGCCCUGCCAUCAAGCUUUGCCAUCACAUAGAAAGGAUCAAGUUUGCUUUUUAUGAGCAGUUUGCCAACUGAGAAGGACAACCAAAGUAAGCUGGAUCUUUGAAGCACAAAUGCAGCAAAUCCUUCGCCCUGCUCUUGAAGUAGAGCUGAAAUAGUCCUGGGGCUCUGGGCCUUGCAGGUGUCGGCUUGCUCUCUUUGCACUUUCAGGGAAGGAGGACCCAUACCAAGGAAGCAAAAACGGCACAAAAAUGGCUCUCCUGCCAUUGGAAUUGUGGACAUUUCAUGUUCAGCAGAUUACAGUUUUUUAAAAAAAUAAAGGUUGUGAGGAAAAAAACUCAUAAGAAGAAUAAGCAUUUCCAGUGGUGUAGCCUGAAAACAAAGAAUAAUCUGGGCAGCUGGAUGGCACUGAUGUGGUUGUUUCUUUUCAUUCUGUUCUUUCCUUCCCACUGUAGAUUGAACUUUGUUCUCUGCUUUCUCUUUCUUGGAAAGAGAGGACAUAGCUUUAAGUCAGCACUGAUUUGGGACUCUGCCUAAGGCACAUCAGUGCUUCAUUGUCAUUGUGUUUUUAAGCUUUUUAAAAUUAAAACAAUUCUUUUUGGGGAUGA